CUUUCGUUGAUCUGCGCCCAAUCAUGAACGUUACCGAGUUCCUCAUUAACACAUACAGCACUGGAACACCGCUCGUCUCUACGGCGAAGCGUUACCGUCCCUCCGCCACCACAAAGAAGGGCUACAUCCUGAUAUUUGCCCACGGGACUGGAUUUCAUAAAGAACACUGGGAACCAAUUAUCCAACGUCUGUACGCCCACGGCGGGCCCAUCAUCGAAGCCUGGGCAAUAGACUCGCAGACGCAUGGCGCAGCGGCUACACUUAACAGGGACGCCAUUGACGCCCCAGGCUUCACCUACUCCUCGUACCAUUUGGCCGAAGCCUGUGCCAACCUCUACAAGACCCACCUGACCGGAACCCGCCACCCAAUCGUGCUGAUCGGCCAUUCAGCCGGGGCUGCAUCCGUAGCAUUAGUGCCGUCCUUCUGGGGAACCCCCACCCGCCAGCCUUUCUCAGCCUUGAUCCUCGUCGAGCCUGCCAUCUGGCCGGGAUCCAUGAUCGGCAUCGCAGACUCGCCCGCUUACAAGCUCGCCUGUUCCACUAUCCCACACCGGAGGAAGACGUGGGCGAGCAGGGAUGCUGUUCGCAGGGACCUAGCGCUGCGCGCACCGUGGAGAAUGUGGGAUAGCCGUAUUUUGGAUAUAUACAUUGAGCAUGGGUUCGAGGAGGACAAGGAGGGAGUGUCUCUCAGAUGUCGUCCCCAUCACGAGUGUCAACCGUUCGCCAACCAGAUAAAUGCAGUAUAUCCUAUCCCCGAACUGGAUAAGACGAGGAAGAAGGUGCCGGUGCAUGUGGUCUAUGGGGAGAGGAAUGAUUUGUUUACCCGGGAGAAGCAAGACUCCCUCCUUCGGGGGCGCAAGUUCGCUUCGGUCACCAGAAUUCCAGGCGCCGGACACCUGGUCGUCCAAGAAGCACCUGACGCUGUGGGAGACGUGUUGCUGAGCAUAUUGGAAGGGUUGCAGAACCAAAGGUAUGUCCAACGAGAGUUCGCUCUGUAGGAAAGGCUUCAAGUGUCGAGAUUUUGGAAUAUAACCAAUAGACGGAAUAGACAGAAAUGCUGAUUGUACGCACAGGACGAUUACCCUCUCCUACCUAGCCAAAGAGCUCGCAGAAGUUUGAGGCUUGUAGCAUCUGGCUUCGCCCGGGAGGGAGAAUAGUCAGUAUCUCGAGUCCUGUCAUGAACAAACAACUUAUCAGCAAGAAAAGUGGAAUAAAUAAAC